AUGGCAGCCAUUGCAACCACCGCCGACGAAGUCUCAGUAGCGCCUAUUAAGCUGACACCAGCUUACAAUAACGAGAUCCAUAACCAAUAUAAGUACUCACAGUAUCUACCGGUGUACGAUGAGAGCACCUCGUUUCCUGCUCUUCAACCUUUUGAAUUCACCGACCGCGGCCUGGCAGCAAACAAUGAGAAGUCCAGUCUUCUUCCGAAGAAUGACCCAGGAAUCAAGGCGACGAAACUAACUCCAGUCAUCGGAACUGAGAUCCGCGGCCUUCAGUUGUCACAACUUGAUGACCGCCAAAAGAAUGAAUUGGCAUUACUAAUUGCUGAACGAGGUGUGGUUGUCUUCCGGGAUCAGGAUUUUAAAGACAUGGACAUUGAAACGCAAAAAAGCUUCGGAAGAUAUUUUGGGCCUCUCCAUAUUCACCCCGUGGGUGCCCACGUUGAAGACCAUCUUGAGCUUCACAACAUUUACCUCGGCCCCGACAACGAGUACCGCAACCGUAGCAAGAGCAACAAAUUAUCAACAAUUGGAUAUCACUCUGAUGUUUCAUAUGAGCACCAGUCUCCGGGUGUCACGAUCCUGACAUUGCUCUCAGUGCCGGAGACUGGAGGUGACACAGCGUGGGUCUCGCUGACAGCUGCGUAUGCGCGACUCUCGAGGCCAAUCCAGAGGUUGCUGGAAGGUUUGAGGGCGGAGCACAGUGGAUUUGCUCAGGCAGAGAAUGGAAGACGGGACGGGAAGUUCGUGAGGAGGGAACCUGUUAAGUCACAACAUCCCGUUGUCCGGAUUCACCCUGUGACUGGCCAGAAGGCCUUAUUCAUCAACCCAGGAUUCACCAAACGGAUCAUGGGCCUUCGCGACGAGGAAUCAGAAGCGCUUUUGAAGUUGCUUUUCAAUCACAUUGGGCAUGGCCAGGACUUCCAGGUCCGCGUCAAAUGGGAAGAAGGCACCGUUGCCCUUUGGGACAACCGUGUCACAGCGCACACGGCCAUCUCGGACUACAACGUCCACAGCCCCCAGGAAGGGUUACGCCACGGGUUCCGAAUCACGACGCUGGCUGACAAGCCGACGGGGGUGAAUGGUCUGGAGUCCACGUGGUGA